AAUAACACUUACUAUCCGGCCUAAGUUUCGCAAAAAAGCGGUAAAAAUGUCGAAAGAAAAUGUUAUUUGAAAAAACUUGUUUGCUACCUAAAUGAGCACCAGUAGAGUGUGAAUCGAUGAAGGUAAAAAACUCUACGAUAUGGAAUUGCAACCUAUUUACUUGUAAGUCGGAGGGGCUCUUCGUUUUCCACCAAAGCUGUAAGUAGUCAGAGGAGCUAGGCUUCGCAUCAUCACACCAUGUCCUUGAAAACUAGAACAGUCUCACGUCACACGCAGUCUGCAGCACAAGUUCCAAAGCAGGGAGGGAUGGCAAGAGGUGGAAAAGUUACCCGUUGCAAGAGUGCUUCAUUGCCUUCGUCAGUGAAAAAUUACGAUGGACAAGACACAGAAGAACGUUCAGAGUCAGAAGAGAGCAAUAUGUCACACGGGAGUUCAAGUAGCAAUAAAAAUCCAUCAAAAGUAUAUUGUUUGGAAUUUCAUGGAAAAAAUCUUUCAAGUUUUGAAAUGAUAAAGAAGUUUCCAAAUUGUAAAACAGCAGAUUUUUCUUGUAACCAUAUUAAAAAGAUGGAAAGCCUUGACAAGAAUCCAGAAAUUCAUGAAUUGAAGUUAUACUCAAACGAACUUACUUCAAUAGAAGGCCUUGGAAGAUUGAGAAGGCUGCAGAAUCUUCAAUUACAGCACAAUAAGAUAAGAACAAUAGGUGAUGGGCUAAAAGGCCUAAGGAGCUUGAAAUUUCUCAAUUUGGCUUCAAACAGACUCGCAACUAUCAGUGCACAAGAACUUACUCAUUGCAGCAAUAUAACAUUUUUAGACCUGAGUAACAAUAAUAUCAACAGAAUGGAGUUUUUGUCAGCCAUUCCUUAUAUUGAAGAACUGUACUUAUCUGGCAAUCAACUUUCUCAAUGCCCUGAUGCAUCUUGCUGCAAAAAGCUGCAAGAAAUAGACCUUUCAAGCAAUCGGUUGACAGACUUAAAUGGCAUAAAAGCUUUACCAAAUUUAUCAGUCGUGAAAAUCAGCAAUAAUCUGUUAGGUGAUUUAACAUCAUUAGGCAACUCAAGAUCAGUUCAGAGAAUAGAUGCCUCAAGAAACAAAAUAUCAAGGCUGUCGCACAUCUCUGGGCAGUUUCCAAAUCUUGAAGUCCUUGACUUAGCACACAAUUCAAUCUUUGUUUGGGAAGAAAUAGUACACCUAAAGCAGCUCAAAGAAUUGAUAGAGUUGUACUUAGAAGGCAAUAAGGUAAAGGAAGACAUCGAAAGAAGUGGCCAUAUAACAUGGAGUCAUAAAGUCCAAGAAAUUCUUCCGAGAUUAGAAAUACUUGAUGGGCAUCAUCUUGGCAAUAUUCACCUGAAGUCUGGAGAACGGCAUAUUAUGCGACCAAUGACAGCGUCAGCAGGAUUGUCUACAAAGAUGGUUAAGGAUCAAAUCAACUUGAUGAAUAGUGAACUAUCGAUGUACGAGAGCAUGAUCACAUCAAGAUUUGUUGCAAUGAACAGCCUUUUGGAUUCUCUCCGCUCGAAUUCUAUCACAGAAACAGAUGACACUCGACCAUCUGAACCUGGAGCUUCAUCUAAAAGGAGAAUACAAGAAGAGGAAAUCGAAAGGCCCUCGACUUCAUCUUCCAAUGCACGACCAGCAAGUCGUUGUGGAAGCCGCGCACGUAUUCAAGCUGCCCUCGAAUUUGCUUCACAUGAAACUGAAAAAUAGAAGUCAACAUCGCAACGGAUCGUCGGCGAAGAGAAACUAACAAGCCGAAUGAGUGAGGGAUGAUACCCUUGAGUACAGAUAAGUACCUGCUUGCAAAUAUUUUGUGAUUUGAGACUGAAGAGUUAGAAUCGAUGCAAUUUGCUUUUAUGGAGGUACUCUGUAAAAGAUAAGUAUUUUUGAAAAUACUCUUCAUAGUCAUUUAGAGCAACUGCAACAUGGAGCAAACUUUAAUAUCCGAUCACCGUUGAGGAUUGGAGGAUUUGGCUUCCUGGCUGAAUUCUAAGGAAAAUGGCAAAGGAUACUUGUGUUUCAGCACAGGGUUAUAGACAUGUAUUUCACCAUGCAGUUACUGUUGAAAAAGUAUUCUAGAAUUAUAAAGGAGUGCAAAAAAUGUGGCUGGUGGGAAGAACAGACGUUUUCAAUUUUCCCUUUGUUUCAACCUACGCUCGUUUUGGUUGUUUUUUCAGAAUUUUAUUGCCUCCUCCAGUUCUCCCACCUCUCCCUCCAGCUCCCUUUAACUAUGACGCCAUCUCUUCCCUUGCAAAGACAGAUUGUGGCAGCCUUACACUGUAAGAACAGGGGGGACUAAGCUGGUAGCAAAAAUGUUAUUAUAUUAAACAGGAUUUUAAGCACCCUUGAAUGUAAAAUAUUGUAAAUUCUUAAUUGGAGAAGACUUAUUUUCAAUCAA